AUGGAUUAUGCCAAGUCCCUGAGUCUGCGCCUGGCUGCCCCUGUCUCCAAAUGUGUCUCAGCAAGUGCCUCCAUGACCCAGCAGCUGCUGUCGAGCCCGGCCCCGCGGCCUCGACCCUACCGCGUCUGCAACUGGGACCGCAGCCUGCGCAAGGGCAUCAUGGCACACAGCCUUGCCGAGCUGCUGCGCCAGGCUCAGAGUGCCCUGCUUGCUCCGGGUCCCCUCUCGCUGGUGUUGGAUGAGGAUGGAACCGUGGUGGAGACGGAAGCUUUCUUCCGGACACUGGAGGAGGGCACGGUGCUGAUGGCCCUGAGCAAGGGGCAGGCUUGGACUCCUUCCAAGACACCUGGCUACCAGCUGGGCUUGUCCCGCAAGCCCCCUCGGAGGAUCGAUGUUGCCUGUGUCACCUUCGAUCUCCCCACCGUCCACGUCCUGCUCGGCCCCUCCUGCUACAUGCAGCCGCUCCUGGAUGCCACGGAGGAGCCCAAGGAAGUGGAGGGCAGUCCCCCGCUGCAGAGCCUCCUGCCCUGCAGCCUCCCUCCCCUGCCCCGCAGAAAGACGCUGGAGUGA